AGUAAGUGACCUGGAGUGGUCAACACCGAGGGUAUAUAAGCGGGCAGCGGCAGCCGAGAGCGCGCAGCCUUGAACUUGAACUGGGAGCGAGAUGAAGGUCUUGGUGGCGGUGCUUGCGGUAGUGGUGGCGGGGGCUGCGUCGGCGCCUCAGUAUGUGUAUAACUACGCCUUCAACAUCCCGAACACCGAUAUUUCCGACCCAAGGCCUGUUAACACUGGAUUCCAGGCGCCCGCUGCUUAUGUCAGUCCUCUUGGAACCCCCCUCGUUUGGUCUUACAACAGCCAGCCUCAAGUUGGUUACAUAGCUAACGUGAACACUGCCCAGGUUGUCCCACAGACGGCCUUCGUAGCCCCCGUCGCCACGAAGAUUGAGCAGACGCCUUCCGCAGUCGUGAAGAGCGCCCCCCUCGCGGUGCAGGUGCCAGGGACCCAGCCCUCCCUCAGCGUCCUCAACCCCCUCCUGAGACAGGCCGCGGACACCGGCAAGAUCGUGUUCGACAGCGAGUCCUCCCCGGGUAUCCUGCAGUACAGCGUGUCCCAGGACUUCUCGGGGGGCGUCGAUAGCGUGUCCUCCCUCGCAGCCCAGUUGAAUGCCAUCCCCGUGGCGGCCGUGCACGACGUCCAGGCGCCUCCGCGGUUCAGGAAGGGCGACGAAGGGACCGACCCCGUGCUCUCCUUCCGCGACGAGGGCGGCGUCACACAGUACAGGCUCGAGAUCCCAACCCAGUAAUCUGCUUCCGAUUAACGUCUUGCUUUCUCAGUGGAUAAUUUUUUUCGUUUGUUUUUUGUUUACCUUUUUUUUUCUUUCCUUAUUUGGGGGGAAUGCAAAAAUCACUUUUUUUUUUAUAAGCAGAGGAAGGAUUAUGAGACCCAGGACCGAUAAACGAUUUUACCGAUCAGUACAAAUGCAUGUUUACAUUAUUCCCUAAUGCGUACCAAUAACAGUGAAUGUCCCUCGAUUCACAGAUUAAUCACAUUUCACAUUCAAGUAGCGUAUUCGUUGUGGUAUAACCGUUCCAUUUCCCAUCACAUUUCGUCUCAACUUCGGUGGUUUUCGUGUGUCUCGUCUCGCUAACUGCAUGCACGUUGUUCUAGGGUUUUACUGCAGGAAGGGGUCACCGCGGGAUCACUUACCACUAGAUUUUCACCUUAAAGCACAAUGUGGAAUGAAAUACGUUUCCUUGUGCGUGUAUUUUAUUUAUUUAUUUAUCUAUUUAUUUAUUAUUUAUUUUAUUAUGAAUUCAAAACUGACUACGUUUAAUUAACCUUUUUAUUUAUUUAUUUAUUCUUAUUAUUAUCCUCUUUUGCCUUCAUGCUGGAGGUGGACUUACAUACCUAAUUAUUAUAUAGGGAUUAACGAAAGCAGCUUGACUACAGGCGAGCAAAAGUGUUUAAGGAAUAGUGAGAAUACUUACACAUGCACCUUCUCUACAUACACUGAGCUGAGCAAUAGGGGCGGCUUUUGAGUAAUUUGUUAUAUUCAGAGAUCCAGCGCCACGUACAGUGCUUGGGCAUUUUUGGUGUUUGUUUACAUGUCCGAUUUUCAAACAAUAAAUAUAAAUCAUGUU